AUGUCCGCAGCGGUGCGCGCCGCUCUGGCCGCCAAACGGGCGGAGCAUCGCUCUCGUUCCUCGUCGCCCACCAAGCCCAGUCCUGCGCUGCCUAACGAUGAUAGCCAGCUGCCUCACUUUGGUCGUGAUCUCGAUGCUUCCAUAGCCAGCCCGUUUGGCUCUCCGAAACCGUCGCCCAGAUCCAUCACGUCACUCAACGCCAACCGCAGCUCGGCAUCGCCGACGCCGGCCAUGGACCUGACUCAAAAGUCGGAAGAUGACAUCGUUCGUCUCAGCAUUCAGAAUGGCAGGAUCAAUCUAUCUUCACGGUCGCCGUCGCUGCAACAGGUGCCACCCGUGCUCCUCUCGCUCCUCGCCGACGAACCUCCCGCGUGGUUCCUGCAGAUACCGGAAGAUGACCGACAGCCUUGGUACAUGCGCGAAGAAGUCCACACAAUGCAGUUGAGCAACAACGAACUGCAAUCGCUCCCCGACGAGAUGGCCGAAUUUCGUGGUCUCAAACGCCUCGAGCUUCACAGCAACAAGCUUAUCGCCCUUCCGCCAACCUUCCUCCAGCUAUCCGCCCUCACAAACCUGACGCUCGCCAAGAACGGUCUCACCGCUUUUCCUGCCUGUUUGCUUGCCCUCGACAAUCUCGUCACUCUCGACCUCUCCCACAACAAGAUCCAGACUUUCUGGAGCGACGAGCUAGUUGGCUCCGCCCGAUCAGAGCGGGAAGCGUGGGACAAAGACAAUGCUGCGCAGGAGAACGGCGUCUGGGCUGGUCUGUCGCCAUCCAAGAAAGACCGCAAGCUGCUCGUUGCUGACCCGGAUGCCCAUGUCAAUACGCCUAUGCGCUCCUUACGCAGCCUCGACCUCAGCUACAAUCGCAUCUCGAAUGCUUCUUUGGGCAUUCCUGACCUUGCGAAACGACGCGGCGGGCCCAGCGAUGUCAGUGACGACAUUUCUCUGGUGCGGCUGCCGACAAGCCUCAGGACGCUCAACCUCGGCCACAACAGCAUUCGCGGCCCGGUCUCAGCAACUCUCUUCCAGCACCUCGUAUCGCUGGAAGAUCUCGGCCUGCAAGGAUGCGGCAUUGGCGACGACGUGCUCGCAGCGCAUGACAUCGCCAACGGGUCGAGUCAGGUUCUUUCACAUCUUUCCAUCCUCAACCUGUCUGGCUGUGAGCUUGACGAUCUCACCAAGAUCGAGGCGUUCUUCGGCUCUCGGCGCAUUCAAUCCUUCGACCAGGCGAUCGGCAAUGUCGAUCCUGCACCUUCGACCCAAGAUCCACAGACACCGGCGGCGGGGAUCCCAGCUCGUCAACUUGUUCGCGUCCUCAAUCGUCCGACUUCUGCCGACAUCACCAAAAUGGAGGGACGAUGCAAAGCUAGAGUGCUCUGCUUGCUACUCGAAGGCAAUCCGCUCAGGGAAGAAGCCUUCCGUCAAAAGCGUGGAGGUCGGUCGGCGUCUCCCGAAAAGAAAAGCGCGACACCAGCCACGUUGGGUUCCAAGACAGCCGUAUCGAUCGCGAACGCCCAAGCUGCCAGCUCGCCCGCAGCAUCUACUCCUCCGACCAACUCGACGAUUCCUGCCACUGUCGCCGGCGUCUCUCAACUCCCGCCAAAGCCGCAGAUCGUCAAAGAAGAUUGGGAAAUCUUGGCCGAGUCUGGCCUCAACACCGAGCUAGGUCGCAGGAAGCUCCGUAUCGAACAGGCGCGAAGAGAGCAGCAAGCUGCCGCUGCCGCAAAGGCGACCGAAGGGCCGGUCAGCGAAGAUGCGCAGGGCCGCGGUCGGAAGCCACGCGUAGCCGACGAGGCAGUAAGCUCCGAUCCGGAAGUCGAGGGCUCUAGUGGAGAGUCGAGGGAGCGCGCUACCUCUCACCACCGUGGCGAGUCGAUUGAUGACAAAGAUAUCGGGAGCGCACUUGCCAACGCGAAGCUGAGCUCCAAGAAGAAGGAGGCGCUCGGUCAAGUUCCCUGCAAGUUUUUUCGGAGUAAUGGAUGUUCGGCCGGCGCAUCCUGUCCCUUCGCCCACACCCUCCCCGGAGACGGUGGGCAAAAGUCCGUUUGCCAGUGGUUUCUGAAGGGCAGCUGCCGCUUCGGCCACAAAUGUGCCUUGGCGCACGUCCUGCCAGGUCAACCUAUGAGCAUGGAUCGCAAGAACAAGCGAGCUGCUCAGCAUGGACAGCCGCUUCCUCAGGCGCCCAACUCGCAACAGCAGCAGCAGAUGGUCGGUCUCAGCGCCGGCGUACAAGCAUCGCAGCCUGCAACCUUACAAUCGGGUCCGCCCAAGGCAGGUCAGAUGCCGCACCCGACGCAGCGACAAGUGUCGGCUCAGCAAGUCCAGCAACAAGUCCAAAUGGCAUCGCAGCUGCCUUUGCAAUCUCGACAGGGCACGCCCAACCGCAACGACCUUGUUCCCGCCCAAGCCAACACGUCACUCGGAUCACAGAUGCACAAUCGCAAGGCGUCGUUCACAACGCGCGACCACGACCUUCCCUUUGGCAUGCCAGACGAUUUUCAGACUUCCGCCCCUGCUACAGCUGCUCCUUCAAACGCCAUGGAUCCAGCCCGUGCCGGCUUCGAAGGUGCACAGGAUCCAUCCUUUUCGACCUCGUUCACUGGCAGCACUUCCUUCCGACGACCUAGCACUCUCUCGCAGAGCUUGAGCGCCUCUUUGGCAGCUCAGUCAUUCGGAGGCACGGAUUCGGCCGCGGCCGCGUUUGGAACAUCCGCGUCUCGCGCAUUUGGAACAAGCCCAUUCAGCCACCCAAGCGGCCACGCCCUUUUCUUCAGCGGCAGCCAAGACGACGAAGGUGGUGCCGGGCCCUUUUCGCGAGGCAAUCGCGAUCAUUUUGGAGCUCGUAGCACGGGCAGGACAGACGACGCUGCCAAGGCGUGGGGCGGCAUCAGCUCCGGCGCCACCUCACGACCCAUUGGCGGCAGUAGAGUUGAAGAAGAGAUGGAGGAUGCAGAAGACUUCCUACCGUCGAGCCUUUCGGACUUACUAACUCCGGCAGAGCUAGAGCGCCGAAGGCGCAGCAACCGUCUUUCGAGCUCGUUCGCGGGCAAUGACGAGAGGGUCACGGUGGCACAGAGCAUGCCGUCGCAAGCAGCACCUGCGUUCGGGUCUUCGCUUGGCUUUGGUCGUUCGGCGAUCGGUGCCGAGCGCGCCAAGUCAAGCAACCUGUCCGCCGGCUUCCAGCAACAGCAACAGCACCAUGGCAGAGGCGAAGAGUUCAGUCCUUUCGGCAGCGGACGUCCCACGAGCGGGCUGGACUCGAUCGCGUUCCGCGAAGGUACGUCGGGCUUGUCGACGUCAGCGAGCCGCACGGCAGCUUAUCAUGCACCCGGACAGAGCCUGCCGCAGGGAUUGGCAGCCGGUCUCAGCAGACUUCAUCUUCGCACCGGACGGUCAGGAGAUUCUGGCAGCCAACAUGUUGGCGCUGGAAUUGCACCUAUUGGCGGAGGCGCGAGCAACGCCGAUGCAUCGUCUCCUGCUAUCGCAUUCUCCCCACAAAAUUCGCAGCCUAGCAACGGCGCUGCUGGUGGUCUGCGCGUACCUGGCAGCCUGGAUGACUACGGUCUUGGCCCCACUGCCCCUUCUUCAGUGCUGCCCCACCGCAGCCCGCUGAGCUUUGCAGUGGGUAGCGCCGGCGUUGGCGGUAUUGGUGGCCAUCGAUUGAGCGGCUCGUUUGCCGAACGUCAGCUCGGCAAUGGCACGUUUGGCUCUCCGGGAAGUGGCAGCGUCGGCUCUCCCUUCUCGCCUUCGCUUUCCGCGAUCGGCUCGCAUCGAGUCGCUGGCGUUGGCGCUGGCGAGGGAGGUAUUGCUAUUCCCGAAGGGGGCGCUCAAAAGCAUGCGACUGGUACGGGCACGGCCAGAUAUGCCCAGCAUCCAGCAACGCAUCGACUGAGGGCAGGCAGCUCGGCUGCUGCUCCGCACUCGCCCUUGACGCUUCCCGUCGUGACGGCGGAGGAAGAUGAGGAAGAGGCGAUCUUUGAACUCGAAUAA